UCACCUCCUUCAUUCGAAUUGCCCGCCGAAUCACACCCUACCACAGUCUCUCGGUGUUAACGAAAACGCCAUUCAACAUGUCACAACAACCGUUGACCGACGACCAAGUUGGUCAGGAGCUCCGCAAGAUGACGGCGUUCAUCAAGCAGGAAGCCAUGGAGAAAGCCCGCGAGAUCGAGAUCAAGGCCAAUGAGGAGUUUGCUAUCGAGAAGUCCAGGCUCGUCCGCCAGGAGACAGACGCAAUCGACGCGUCCUACGAGAAGAAGUUCAAACAGGCCACCAUGUCCCAACAAAUCACCCGCUCCACCGUUGCCAACAAGACCCGACUGAGGAUCCUCGCGGCUCGACAGGAGAUGCUGGACUCUAUCUUCGAAACCGCAACCGACAAGCUUGGCGAAGGGCCAAAGGACAAGUCCAAAUACCAGGGCAUCUUGAAGAACCUAAUCCUUGAGGGACUCUACGCCCUGAAUGAAGCCGAGGUCCAGGUCCGCGUCCGGAAAGCCGACGAGGACAUCACGAAGAAGGCCAUUGAGGAUGCCGUAAAGGAAUACAAGAAAGAGGUUGGCAAGGACACUGCCGCUGUCGUGGACACGGAGGAAUAUCUCCCCGAGGGAAGCAGCGGUGGUGCCUUCAUCGUUGGCGGAAAUGGCAAGAUCGAGAUUAACAACACUUUCGAAGAGCGACUAAAACUCCUGCAGGACUCUGCGUUGCCGGCCGUGCGGGAGACUCUUUUCGGACAGAACCCCAACCGCAAGUUCUUCGAUUAAGCGCGUUUAGGCUGGAGCAGCAUCAUGCCACGCCCCACACCCCAGCCGCGCCGCCAGAUCUUCCCCUACACUCCUCCUUUUCCCGCCCACCCCGGAAUAGGCUGGUUGUUCUAGUCUGCCAUUUUUUUUUUGAAGAUCUUUUGAAGAUCCGGAGCUACAUGGGUAGAAAGGCCUGCUUCUGUACCUUAAGAUGUUGUAUGAUCAUCACAGACCAUGUUCGUAGCCAGGCUAAACCAAGUCAUUAUCAUUACCAUUUACCCAUAUAUACCAUAUAAUGUCUUCCCUUUGAAACAAGGCCUAGGGGUCCAA